CUAUAUUCCUCUCCUCGCUAUCCCCAUGCCCUUGCUAGCUAAAAAUACUGAUGCCUCCCUCGCCAUCCCCUCCCCUGCACCGUCGAUCUCUCCUUUUCGCACGCAAAGCUGCCGCCGUCCCCGACAUCCCAUGGAGUACGCCUGCUCCCGCCGUACUGCACUGCCCUGCCGUACCGUGUUGCCCCAGGCGGCCAGCGGGAUCGACCUGGUGAUGAGCUGGUUCUAGUAGAGGUAGAGGUCGGCGAGCUGGGGCAUGGACGACACCGACGGGCGGGGUAAGCCUGAUAGCCGGGAUGAAGCGCAUCUCGGCGACGAAGGAGCGGAAAGCGAGCAAGAUGGCCACUGCCGUCAGCACCGUCUUGGCAUCCUCCGUGGCCACACGUUCAUCCACUUGGGCAAUAGGCCCUUCUCCUUCCUCUCGCCCUCCUUCUCGGGGCCCAUGGGCGGCACUUCGUCGGGAGCCGCGGGGCGAGGAUCCCCCGCAGCACCGAAGGUGCGGGCGGUGCCACGAGUGCCCCGCCAUGGUGGAAGGCGGCGGUGGACACAACGGUGGCUUUGCUUGAUUGCUUCCUCUCUGUCUCCUCCUCAUUGUCUGCAGCCUCCUCAAGCUCUUCCAACUUUAGUAUGUUUCUACAAAGAUUUUGCGGUUACUCAUGGAAGGGCUUGAGAAAGCGGGCUUCACAAGACAUGGCUGCGGAGGCCGGUAGUGUGCAGGCCAGGAGGCAGUGGUCCUCCGGCCGUGCGGCUCGCCGGCGUCUGCGUUAGACACUGACUUUGGGGAUGGAGUGGAUAUACUGCUGAUUUUGAAGAGUGGUUUUGGAGAGUUUGUUGGUUACCCCGCUGCUUAAGAAGUUUUUUAUUUUUUGUUUUACGGAGCUGGUAAAACUCUAAAUUUAACUAAAGUUAUAGCUAA